UUACUGCCCCCACAUUCCUAUCACUUUCUUUCUCUCUCUCACAAUCACAAUGAACAACAACGCUGGGUAUUCUAAAAUAAGUAGUGCCCACAAAUCAAGAUCUAUAGAUUUCUCAUCAGGAGGAGGAGAGAGAUUUGGUGUGAUAUUGGGAAGGACUGGUUCAGUUUCUUCUUCUUCUGGUGGGUUUCUCAAGAAGGCAUUCUCAAUGAGAAGAUCUUCAUCGGUUUCAGAGAGGUACUGUAGGAUCCACGACCACCAGUACGUGGCAAUAACAUCACCGGAAAAUGAUGUUCCGGUGAGGGCAAACAAGAAGCACAGUACUGGAAGGGAAGGAAGCAAGAUCUUUAAAGCUUGUAAGCGCCUUCUUGGACUCUAGUACUACUCUUUUGAGUCCUACAUUAAUUUAAAAAAAAAAAUCAAAAUAUGUCUUAUUUAAUAUUUAUUAAUUAUCGCAAGAAUGAAUGAAUAUCAAAUAAUUAUAUAAUCAUUUCAGUAAUGUUAAGU